AUGGAAGGUGAUAGCACUGACGCUGCGCUUGCCAAGCCCAACAAUAAUUUCGUUCUCGCGUUGUUCACUGAGAACAAACGCAGGAAGACUUUCUACUGUGUUUCUGCAAUAGCUGGUUACGUGGAUGUGGACGAGCUCGUCAGGUGGGGAUUCUAUCUGGACGUCGAUCCAAAGAUCGCAUCGAAGUUACACGACAACUUGGAAGAAUUAUCAAAGCUCAUCGUAUGCUGCGCAUUUUGCCGAGGGAAAUGCAGUUUGAAGACCUUCUUCAUCACCAGCGAAUCGAGUGAAACCAUUCGUCUGCGACAUCGUCACUUACCUCCUGGCUACGAAGCAUAUUCCACUCCACCAAGUGUCUACAAAUGUCACAAGGAAAUGAAUUGGCUGUGCCCCCUGUUGACUGGCAAAUGUCUUUCGAAUGUGGAAUUUUCAUCUCGUGCUCUGAGCAAGGGUUAUCCAUCUGACGAUGAAGAUUUCAACCCAAACCGGAAGAAGAUGCUUUCUAAUGCCAAGCGACUCUGCUCGUUUGAGUUCUCCCCGAAAAGAUACAUUGUAUCUACUGAUGAAAUGGCAAGAUGGGGUCUAAAUUAUACCGGGAUCCGCGAUGAGACAGCUUGUAUUUUUUGUCGUUUGAUUAUUCACAACUGGAAAUACGGAGACAAUCCGUACGAGGAACACCGUAAAUUUUCCCCCAACUGCGCAUUGAUUAGAGGACAUAUCGUCAUUGAUCUCCCAUGCGAGAAUUCCCUCAAUUCUGACGACGUUACCACGGAAAAAAGGAAAGGAGAUGAUCGACGCUCUAAACAGACGAUCUCCAACGAGUUCCUUCAAAUCGGACAAAAUAAAGAAGAGCAGAACAGCAAUGAUUCGCCACCUGCCAAUAGACGACUCACCUCUCCUGAACCAUCCACGAGUUUUGCAGAGCAAAUCAACGACAAAAAGUUCAUCUAUCUUGACGAAAUUCCUCCUGAUGAAACGAACCGAGCGGAAUAUUGUCCUCAUUGCAACCGUGGACCAUUCCGUCAUCACUUCAACCUGAAUCAACACAUCCGUGAUGUUCACCUUCCACCUAGACUGCACCCAGCAAACCAGGUUGGCGGAGGUUCAGGCGUUCAACAACGCAUCGGACGUUUCACCCUUGAGGAAACGGUCAUUCUCGAGAAAGAUAUGGAGGUGCUGCAGUUUUAUAUCAUUGAGAGGGUCGUUGAGUUUCAGGGCUACUGCCUGAGCUCGGAAAUUCCAGAGACACAGUUCGUGGAAGACAUCCGCGUAUUUGGGUGCCCGUCUCACGCUCGCACUUUCUAUCCGGCCUUCGCAACAGUCGGAUCCGUUCUUGAGAAUAGGAGAGAGAGUCAUUGA